CUGAGGCUUUAAACAUGACGAGUUCAUGGCCAACACGACGAAGGAGGGGCACGUACCCCUCGCAAGCCCUCCUCCUCGCUCUUCCGUGCACCCUGGCCUUCUUCCAGUCGCCGAACGCAGGCUUGUCGGCACUUCAAAGGACCGGAAUUGCCGGUGCUGCCUCCACGCGAGGUGCUUCAACAACGUGGCCGGCUGAGAGGAGCGGCGGUUUGGCGGCGGCGGCCGUGGGUCGGCGGCGGCGAGCACGGCGACCGCACGCCGUCCCGGUCCUCUUCGGCAAGGGCCGCAAGAAGCGGGGGACGGCAGUCUCGCAGGACUCCUCCAGCUGGUAUGACGAGGACGAAGAGGACGUUGUCGUUGGGGGUGCUUCUACGCGAGACUCAGACGGGGCCCAUGCCGCAGCGGCAGCGGCGUUUUCGACGACACCGGCAGCUGCAGCAACGGCGGAGGCGGGGGAAAGCUCUGGCGAUAGCCAAGAGGUUCGUCGCGACGUCGAAGACCGGGGUGAUAAGGGUUCAUCUUCCUCCACCUUGACGGACGACGCUCUGCUCCCUCCCCUCGAUGACGAUGGCAACCAGAUCGUACUCGAACCAGUCUGGGUGGAAGGGGAGACGCAGGGGGAGAAGCCUAUCGUGGAGGCGUACGGGCUCAACGACGCUUUGGCCGGGGCGGAAGACGGCAUCGACAUCGACAACGGGAUGAUGGCCGGCGGCGUUUCCGACAACGAGGCCCUCCUCAUUCCGGCGGCCGACGGCGGCGUGUUGCCGGGGGGGCUGGGGGACGGGGUGGGGCCGGAGAGCUGGCGGAACGGCAUGGAGGUGCCCGACGACGAUGUGGUGCUCGGGGAGAGGUUUAACACGGUGGGGAGGGGCCUGGACGACAUGCUGAUGGAGAGGUCCAUCCGGUUCUACGACCCAAAGGUGACGGGAGAGCGAGAGAGGUGCUACCUCGUGGGGCUGGAGGCUAGCGGUUGGGGCAUGGGCAACAAGAGGAACACGAAGGGGUCUUUCCCCGAGAAAGGGGCAGCAGCCGGAGACGGCAACGGAGAGGGGGGCGAGGACGAUGGGUGGACCGAAGAGCAAGAAGCGGCGUUCCAGGAGGAAAAGAAGCUGGCGUACGAGGCUCGAAAGGAGGAGCGGGAAAUGCGCUUUACUCUGGAGGAGUCCAUGGCUGAGCUGAGCGAGUUGGCGGGCACAGCGGGGCUGGAAGUUGCCGGAUCCACGUACCAGAGGGUGCUAGAGCCCAACCCUCGAACCUACAUCGGGACCGGGAAGGUGAAAGAGAUCAAGUCGGCCAUGAACCAGCUGGGCGUGUGUACGGUGAUUUUCGACGACGAGCUAAGCCCGGGGCAGCAACGCAGCCUGGAAGUAGAGUUUGGUGGGGAGGCGGCGGGCAUCAAGGUGGGUGCUGGUCUUGCGCGCCGCCCUCAGCUUUUCGCCGACGCACGACUGAUGGCCCUGAGACUACCAUCCGUGCUGGACCGCACGGCCCUGAUUCUGGACAUUUUUGCUCAGCACGCCAAGACCCGGGAGGGGCAGCUUCAGGUGGACCUGGCUCUGCACAUGUACCGCUUGCCGCGGCUGACUAAGAUGUGGACCCACCUGGAGAGGCAGCAGGGAGGCGUCGGCCUUAGGGGGCCCGGGGAGCGACAGCUUGAAGUCGACAGGCGGCUUCUGAAGGACAAGAUCAUCGCCCUGAAGAAGGAGCUGAGCGGAGUCCGCAGGCACCGAGACUUCCAGCGGCGCGGGCGCAAGAAGCUCGGCCUUCCGGUCGUCGCCCUCGUCGGUUACACCAACGCCGGGAAGUCGACCCUGCUCAACACGCUCACGCGCGCGGGCGUCAUGGCGGAGAACAUGCUGUUCGCGACGCUCGAUCCGACCACGCGGAAGGUCAAGCUCAGCGGCCUCAAGGUGGGCGUGGGGCUGAGGCUACUUUACUACAGCGGCAGUACCAAAGACACGAAGGUGCACCCGGAGGUGAUGCUGACGGACACGGUGGGCUUCAUCCAGAAGCUGCCCACCAACCUCGUCGUGGAGGCAGACGUGAUCGUGCACAUCGUGGACGUGAGCUCGCCGUCUCGAGAGAAGCAGGAGAGCGCAGUGACGGGUGUCCUCGGCGAGAUGAAGGCCUCAGACAAGCCCCGCCUGACCAUGUGGAACAAGCUCGAUCUGCUUCCAGAAGAGGAACAGGAGCAGGUCAGGGUGGACGCGGAAGAGAGGGACGAGCUCACCGUCGCCGCGAGCGCCAUGACGGGCGAGGGCCUGGACGACUUCGUCACGUGUCUGGAGGAGGCGAUAUGCGCACUGCUCUUCAAGGUGGAAGCGGUCGUGCCUUACAGCAGGGGGGACCUGCUCAGCCGCGUGCACGAGCUGGGCGCGUGCGACACCGAAGAAUACACGGACGCCGGUACCCUCAUCCAGGCGAGAGUCCCGGCAGAGCUUCUCAACCGUCUAGAGCCGUACUUCACCCCGGAGUUUAAGGAGACGUCACGUGUGGAAGAAUCGAACUCCGGCGCGGAGGAAGUCGCUGCCCUGAGAGAAGAAAACACGUGGAAGCAAAUCGCCAAGAAGCGGCUGAAAACUAGCUCUCUUGACGAAGAAGAACCGGUGGCGGUACCAAAGUAAAAUUUAUAAGAUAGAUUGAU